UACUAGAUUCGUGUUCGUGUAAUUUCGUGGACAACUUUUUUGAAUACAUUGUGUGACAUGCAUUUGCUUAUUUGAACUAAAAAUAAAAAAGCUCAAUAGUUAAAUCUAAACUUUCAUCGUCAAGGAUUAUUAUUUGAUAUUCUGUGUAAUGUAAUACUCUAUGUGUGAUAUUUUAUUUUAUGUAUUGUAAGCGAAAUUUUUUUUUGAUCCGUAAUCGUAAGAUGCCUAUUCACUAAAUUUCUGAAUUAUGUAAUAUUUUUCGUAACGAAACAGUAUUAUGCAAUGUAAUCAAUAUUUUUUGUUUUUCCACUAUCAAAAGAAGUGUUCAUUGUAGUCUAAUAUCUAAUGAUAAAGAUCUAGAACAACUUUACCACUGCAUUAAAUUCAAUUGCAUACGUCGAAAAUAUGUGUGACAGAGUAAAUAAUACAUGAUACAUCUCUAUCAAACUUUCCAUACAAUAUUUAAUAGAUGUUUCUUUUAGUAUAAUCGAUAUAUCCAAUUAUUAUUUGGCAUCCAUUGUAAUACGAGAUUUUUUUUUUCUUAUCAAUAGUGUCCAAAGUUUAUUUUCAUAAAAUAAUUUUGUCAUCAAAUAUAAUUACUCCUCGAAUGAUUCUUUGUGUCUGUGUAAAAUAACAAAUCAUUAAGAAACUAAAAUAUACAUAUCCUGAUGUGCUAUUUAACCAUGUGAUAGUUCAUUUGAACAAAAUGAUCAUCGUUAAUUGUAAAUCGUACUAGUUACAAGUCAUAAAAAAUCGAUAUCCACAGAAUUUAAUCAUAAAAAAUGCUAUGGAUUCAAUAACAGUUAUGUGAAAAAAAUCACUUGCUGCUUUAAAUGUCUACAAUAAUGAUUAAAUUGGAAUUUACAUAUUUAAUAGUAACAUUCUUCGUAAAAGUAAAACCAUUUAUGCUAGAUGGUUCCGUAGCUAGUUAUGCACAGUUUCAAAAGUGGAACGUUGCUGUAAACGGUUCUCUUGAGUUUGAAUUUAAAACUCAACAAGGCAAUGGUUUAUUAUUGUAUACUGAUGAUGGAGGCAUGUAUGACUUUUUUGAAAUCAAGUUAGUAGAAAGUGCUGUGCGGCUUCGAUAUAAUCUUGGUGGCGGGGCACAAAUUGUUACUGUUGGACGUGAUUUGAGUGAUGGCCAAUGGCAUAAAAUACAGAUUUUUCGUGAUAAUGAAAAUACAACUCUCAAAGUGGAUACCUUAAGUGCCGUUUCGACAUCUCGAGGGAAAGAAUUCGAAUUUGGACGACUUAGCAGUAACUCAGAUGUAUAUAUUGGUGGUAUGCCAAGUUGGUACAAUAGCAAACUUACUUUACUCGCUUUACCAAGUGUUAUAUUUGAACCUAAAUUUCGUGGACAAAUAAGGAAUAUAAUAUACGCGGAUGAUAAUGAUUACAUACCAAGAAGACAAGAAACAAUUGGCCGCAGUUAUCGAAGUAUUCUCAAUGCUAUACCAUCAAAUGAAACUGAUAGCUGUGAUUCUGCGAAUCCGUGUCAACAUGACGGAAUUUGUAUCUCUACUGAUGAUGGUCCUAUAUGCCAAUGUCGUAAUGAUCACUAUGAAGGAGAUUUCUGUGAAAAAGAUAAAUUGCCUGCUGAGGCUGCCUUUAAGGGGACAGAAUAUUUAAAGUUCAUCAUAGACAAAGCUCAACCAAUUUUAAGCCAUGAUGAAUUAAUAAGUUUCUACUUCAAAUCUCGUCAGCAUAAUGGAUUUUUAUUUUAUUCUGAUGAUAAUGAAAAUUACCUCAUUGUUACACUGAAAGAUGGUGGCAUCGCAGUUAGCAUGGUUUUGAUGAAUGGACGAUUGGAUUUGCAAAUAAAACCUGCAAAAAUAAGGUUUGAUGAUAAUCAAUGGCAUAAAAUAUCGAUUCAAAGGCGUGUUCAAGAGAUUUCUCCGAUUACACGAUUUUGUAAGCUUUCUGCAAUAAUUGAUGGUCUUUAUGCUGAACAUGCUCAUACCGCUGGUUCAUUCUCACAUCUUACUUGUCUUCAAUUCUUAAUUGGUGGAGGGGCAGAAAAUACUAUCCUACCAAAAAAAAGAGGAAUUCCAAACUUUGUUGGAUGUAUAAAAGAGGUUCUCUUUCGAGCAGAAAAUUACGAAAUAGAAAUUAUUGAUGCUGUCAAGAAUAAACUCGGUCAUUCAACAGCCUGGGGAAAUGUUGAAUUUCUCUGUCGAGAAUUCAAGUCAGACCCUAUCACAUUUACUUCUCGAGAUUCACAUAUCAAACAACUUCCAUCAUUUAUGGCAAAACGACUCCAUGGUACAACGAUUACAUUUACCAACUCUGAAUCACAUUUGGUACUGCCACCACUCAAACCAGCUAAAUCUGAAAGCAUAUCAUUUAAAAUCCGAACAACAGAAUCAAAUGGAUUGAUAAUGAUUAGUCACAGCGGGACAGCAUUACGUCCAGAUCUACUCAGUUUUGAACUGUUAAGUGGAUAUUUAUGCCUACAUAUCAACUUAGGUAGUGGACAUUCAAAAAUUUGUUCAUCGAAUGAACGACUCGAUAAUGGGACAUGGCAUGACGUGUCACUGAGACGCGUCAACCAAAAUGGAAGAAUGACUGUUGAUAAAGAAGUCAUUGACUUUUAUACAAAAGGGAACUCGAAACAACUAGACACGGAUGGUUUGCUUUAUAUCGGUGGAAUAGCGAUGAUUUCUACAACACUGUCAAUUCCACCAGUAGUAUGGACUGCUUCUCUUCGACAAGGUUAUAUUGGCUGCAUGCGAGAUUUGAUCAUUAAUGGAAUUCCAGUAGAUAUUGCGAGAUACGCUCAACAACAAGAUUCCGGUGCUGUCAGACCAGCUUGUCAUAUUCAAUCGUUGCAUUGUUCAUCACAACCAUGUAUGCAUGGAGGAACAUGUAUCGACGGAUGGAAUAGAUUUUACUGUGAUUGUACUGCAACUUCCUAUAUCGGACCGAUCUGCGGCAAAGCCGCCUCAACAUUGCAUCUCAACGGAAGCCAGCAACUGAUAAUCGUUAUGCCAGAUGACUCGAUAACAGAGGCAGAAGAAAUUUCAUUACGAUUCAAAACACUCAAAUCACAUGGGUUAUUAAUAAAAACAUCCUUGGACGAUUCUCCUAAUCAUUUAGAAAUAUUAUUAGAGAAAGGAAUUGUGAACGCACGGAUUCAAGUGAAUGGAGUUAAAGAGACUCUCAUGUCGGGUCAAGGUCUCAAUGAUGAAACAUGGCACACAAUGAAAUUUUCUCGGCGUGCUCAAUCAAUUAAACUUUGGGUUGACGAUGAGCCAGUUAGUUAUUCUGAAAUGCAGCCUAUAAACAACGCCUUCUUGAAAUUACGUACUCUUUGCAUUGGUGGUGAUUGUCAGAACAGUGGAAGUGUACAUAAUUUUGCCGGACAAAUACAACAAUUAUGGUUUAACGGACAGCCAUACAUAGAGAUUGCUCGAAGUUUUGCACUAUCUCAAUAUUACAACUACAAUGUAACUCCUAUUAUCCGAGUCACUGGAAAUUUUGAGAAACGGACUCAUCCUAUUCAUCACUCAGUUACAUUUACUUCUAAGCAUACUUUCGUCGGAUUACCAGUUCUUAGAGCUUACAUCGAAACUAACAUCCACUUCCAGUUUAAAACAUGGGAGUCUAACGGAUUGAUUCUUUUUAAUGGUGGCAAAGAAAAAGAUUACAUUGCUGUUGAACUCAUCGAUGGUCAUAUUCACUAUACCUUUGAUCUGGGUGAUGGACCAAUUCGAAUGAAAGAUAACUUAAAAUCUCGAUUGAAUGAUGGUAAAUGGCAUGCUGUCAGUAUUGAACGGCCUUCUCCAAAAAAACAUACGCUCGCAAUAGAUGAUCACACAACAUUGAAAACUAUCCAUGGAGAUAAUGAAAAUCUGGAUCUUGAUGGAUUACUGUACAUAGGUGGAGUGGAAAAAUUACUGUACGAUCGAUUACCAUCCCACAUUUUAAGUCGUCACGGAUUUGUGGGGUGUAUUGCGUCACUAGAUGUCAGCGGUGAAAGUAUUGAUCUAUUAAUCGAUGCCGUGGUUCCAAGUACUUUAGUUGAAUCUGGAUGUAGUAGCUAUACUAGUUUCUAUGCAACAAAAAGAUGUUCUCAAGAAAAAUGCUUCAACAAUGGCAAAUGCAUCCAAAAAUGGAAUAGUAUCACAUGUGACUGUGAUAUGACAAGUUUUGUUGGAGAAAAAUGUGAAAAUGAAGCAGUGGCUUAUGAAUUCGGACCUGGUAGAGGUCUCAUAACAUAUACGUUUCCAACCACUCAAAGACCAGAAUCGAAGAAAGAUAGCAUCGCUCUGGGAUUUAUUACGAGUAUAAAUGAUGCGGUACUCCUACGAAUAGAUUCAGCAACAAGCGCCGAUUAUUUGGAAAUCGGAAUUACUGAAGGCAACAUUUUUACUAUUUUCAACGUGGGAACGAUGGAUCAUCCAAUUAGCGAAACUACAGUCAAAGUAAAUGAUAAUCAAUACCACAUAAUGAGAUUUCUACGGAACGGUGCAAAUAGCACGUUACAAGUUGAUGAUUAUGAUCUUCAGUCAAGUCAUCCCUCAGGUCAUCAACUUACAAUUUUUAACAGUCAAUCAAUCAUUCAAGUCGGAGGAAAAUGGAAUAAAAGUAAUGCAAGAGUAGAAAAACCAUUCCAAGGAGUAAUAUCAGGAUUAGUUGUAAAUGGCGCUCGAAUCUUGGAAUUAGCCGCUGGAUCUGAGAAUGAAGUUGUAGUUACUAUCAAAGGAGAUGUUCAACCUAUAACACCCGGUAGUUUACUAGAUAAAACCAUUUCUAUGCAGCGAAUGCAACAAACACCUGCAUCUGGCACACCAGGAAUAAUGGACGAUCUUAUUUUUUCGGGAGCAGGAAGUGGCUGUGUUGGUGACGAUGAAGAUGAUGAUUGUACACCAGUUUAUGAUCCCAACUCAGAUGAUUUAAUAACACCAAUCUACAAACAACCUACUAAAUCACCUGACAUAACGAAGUCAAGAAGUAAAAACAUUUUUCAGGAGCAUCUUUCAUGUGACGAUGAUGAAGAUUGUUUUGAUGGUUCUGGAGACUUAAUGACCACUCAGAGCGUAUCAACAUUAGUUGAGUCAAACUACACAGAAAACGAAGAAUUACUUUCUAACCAUACCAUCAUGAGCACGCCGUUGGACUUAUUGACCACAAUCGAUAACUCUGUAAUUGUCUGGUCUACAGAUGCUCUAACACAGAUCGAGGAAACAACUGCUAUAAGUGUCACUCCCGAACAUCGACUUGAUAUGUCAACUUUAGCAUCAACUACAGUAACAGGUGUAAUAACCAAACUAAAUUCUAAAGAUUAUCCAUCUAUAACAAUUUCUCCAAAGGCGAAAGAUGUUCCAAAAACGCCAAGUAUUCAAUCUGAUGCAGCAAAGAAUGCUGCUCUUAUAAUUGCCAUUAUUGCUGCAGCAUUAAUAGCUAUUGUACUUGUUAUACUUUUAAUUUUAAAAUUUAAAAAUCGUCCAGAUGCUGAUUACAAAAUCGAAGAAACACGAACAUUUUGUCAUGAUCCAAAUGUUGCUUUACUUGGUACGAUAAGUUCUCGUCAAUCACACAACGGAUCUCUCAAGUCCAGUUCAAGUGUUAAUAAAACGAAUAAAAAACGUGAAAUGAAAGACAUUAAAGAAUGGUAUGUAUAGGAGAUAAUUGCAAGUGCAAUGUGGUAUAUUUCAUGUAUGCUGCAAUUAUUUCGAAAUCGUACAUUAGUGUAAUAUGAUUAUCAAGAUCGCUUAAAUAACUAUUUCUGUACAAGAGUAUUUCAUAGAUGAAGUUACAUUUAAAAAUUUAUUUUAAAUAUUCAUUGACUUUUGUAGAUAGUCAAUCACAUGAAUACUUUUAUUGAUUAAUUUUUGACGAUAUCUAAUAAUGUAAACAUACGAAACUCAUUUGUAAAGUAUCUUGCUGUAAUUCCAACAAUAUCAAUAUGGUUUUUUUAAUGAGAAUAAUAAAUAUCUGCUUGAUACGAAUUAAUUAUCUAACCGAUAGAAUACAUACGUCGAUAGGUUUCAAUUUUCUCCACAGAAUGGAAAAAUGUACAUAAUCAAUAAAUCUCAUUAUAGAAAAACCAUGUAUCGAUAUUUUUAUAUGUAUACAAAGCAUAUAGAAGAGCAUCAAUCUAGAUUAAUAGAUCAUAAAUUGAGUGGUGAGUAAAUCAGGUAAGUCAGUCCUUGUAAAAAAUUCUUGUGUUCGAAAUAUCAUUUGAAGUAAAAAUUUGAUGUGAUUGAAAAAUUGAAUCAGUUGGUUAUCGUUUGGUCACAAUGCGCUAAAAAAAUCAGUGUUCUUAAGUUUAGAAAUGUACUCUAAUCAAUUGAAAAUUUUACACACCGCCAG